UCCCAACUUCCGGUUCAUUCGUCACUGAUUGCUGCAGUAGGCUUGGGUAGACUGGACAAGUCAUACUCAUAAUUGUGUGACUACACUUUGGAUUUAUCGAAGCCGCCAGCACUCAAAAAAGGAUUCAGUACCUUUUCGGGCAGGUAACAAUAGUUACACACACAUAGCCACCAUGAUGAGGUGGAUGACAGAUGAAUCAAAACGAAAGAAAGAACCUGAGGUGUUCAACAAUGUCGUCGAAGGGCUCAAGAAAAUCUACAAGAAUAAGUUGAUGCCAUUAGAAGAAACAUACAGAUUCCAUGAUUUUCACUCCCCACCGCUGGAUGAUCCCGAUUUUGAUGCCAAGCCCAUGAUUCUUUUGAUAGGUCAGUAUUCAACAGGUAAAACCACCUUUAUUCGGUACCUGCUGGAACAAGACUUCCCUGGGAUACGAAUUGGGCCUGAACCAACCACAGAUAGAUUCAUUUCUGUAAUGUAUUCUGAUCAAGAAGGUGUUGUACCAGGAAAUGCUCUUGUUGUUGAUCCCAAAAAGCAAUUUAGGCCUUUGACGAAAUUUGGAAACGCCUUUCUAAACAGAUUUCAGUGCUCACACAUGAACAAUCCUGUUUUAGACAGUAUAACCAUUGUCGACACCCCUGGUAUUCUCUCCGGCGAGAAGCAGAGAGUGGACCGAGGAUAUGACUUUGCUGGAGUUCUCGAAUGGUUUGCAGAAAGGGUUGACAGAAUCAUUUUGCUUUUUGAUGCCCACAAGCUUGAUAUUUCAGAUGAGUUUCGACGAGCCAUUGAAGCAAUCAAAGGUCAUGAUGAUAAAAUUCGCAUAGUUCUCAAUAAAGCUGACAUGGUCGACCACCAACAACUCAUGCGGGUUUAUGGUGCUCUUAUGUGGUCGCUUGGAAAAGUUCUCAGUACACCUGAAGUAGCAAGAGUGUACCUUGGAUCAUUUUGGGAUCAGCCUCUACAGUUUGAUAUGAAUCGGCGCCUUUUUGAGCUAGAAGAACAGGAUUUAUUCAGAGAUCUUCAGAUGUUGCCGAGAAAUGCUGCCUUACGGAAAUUAAAUGACCUGAUCAAGAGAGCAAGAUUGGCAAAGGUCCACGCUUUCAUCAUCUCCCAGCUGAAAAAGGAAAUGCCGUCGAUGUUUGGCAAGGACUCCAAGAAGAAGGAGCUGAUCAACAAACUGCCUGAAAUCUUUGCCCAGCUGCAGCGGGAGCACCAGAUUUCCCCAGGGGACUUCCCCAACUGCAAGCGCAUGCAGGAACAGCUACAGCACCAGGACUUCACCAAAUUCCACCAGCUGAAGCCGAACCUGCUGAAGGUGGUGGACUCCAUGCUGGCCAACGACAUUGCCAAGCUGAUGCAGAUGAUCCCCACGGAGGAUAUGGAGCGGGCCGAGAGCGAGCAGAGCAAUGGCAACAUCCACGGAGGGGCCUUCGAGGGCUACACGGAGAGCCCCUUCGGCGUGGGUCGGGGCGAGGGCGCGGACGCGGGCCGGGGAGAGGCGGAAUGGAUCGUGGAGGGCCAGAAGUACGAGUACGACGACUCCUUCUCCAAGCUGAACCCGGUCAACGGUAAGAUCUCUGGGGCGGCCGCCAAGUCGGAGAUGGUCAAGUCCAAACUGCCCAACACGGUGCUGUCCAAGAUCUGGAAGCUGGCCGACAUCGACCGCGACGGGCAGCUUGACGCUGACGAGUGGGCCCUGGCCAACCACUUGAUAAAGAUCAAGCUGGACGGCCACGACCUGCCGAACACUCUACCGGAUCAUCUGAUACCCCCGUCCAAGCGAGAGGGUUUUGCCGACGUGUCCUCGGAUAGCUGAAGACCAAAGCCUAGGAACAUCAGGAUCGAUGACAGUAAUCAUGGUAGAGGCAGACACAGUUUUCUUGUCUUUGGGAGAGAGACUUCACUGAUGAGCUCUUACAUUCUCUUGUAAUCACUCUUUGAUCAUAGUUGCAUGCUUGUUGCAUGCUUGACCAUGAUGGCUUCUUGUUUUGAGACAAAGGGAGAACUUUAGAUGAGAUAUUUUCUUUUAUUUCCCUGGGUGAGUCCUGAGGUUAUUACUUAUCAAAUUGUCCACACAAAAAAUAUUUGCUCAGGGAUAUCAAACCUUUUCAUAGAGUUUAUAUCUUCAAGAAAAGUAGACCUUUUUUUUCUCAAAGCAGGCUUUUUACUCUUCCCAAACACUUGUCAGUCACUGCUGUGUAGCUCAGAACAUUUCCUUGUAAAUGCCAUUGAUAUCCCUGUGUAAAGUGAUAGCUGGUAUGAUAUAUCCUAACAAUUGUUACUAUUAUUCAGUAUUUCAUGCAUGAUCUUACAAACGUUAGCCCCGUAACUUUGACGUUUUGUCCACUGUACAGAAUCUUGUGCAUGCUUUUUGAGUUGACGAAUUGUUACGUGAUUUUUGAGAAUGAAGGAUAUGAAAGAUGUGUGUGAUGUAGCCUUUACUUCUUUUUGUGUAGCAUUUUUUAAUUUACGCAUGGUUUAUAUUUUAUCAAUGCCUGAACAUAUAUAUAUUUGUGAUAGUCAUCUUUUAGCCCUUUAUAAUCACUGGACCAGUAACUGGCUAUGAAUGGUGAUAUCCUAUUGUUUGUGCUAAAAUCUAUUCAAGGAUGACGCACCAAGCGCUCUGAUUUUGUACAAUAUACCCGUUUUUUAAAAAUUCCUCUGUACUCUUAUGACAGAGAAAUCCUUUACUUUCUUCGAUGAAUUCAGUUGUUUUGCUUACAGGUUCCAUUGCUUGUACUUUGUUUUAUCAUCUCUCCAUUGUUUAUUUAUUUCCCUCUGAACUUCUUUCUCUCUGCCGGAUGAAUUGUUUAUGGCCAUAUGUGCUUCGACUUACUGCAUACUCAAGUUCAACAACACUAAAUGUACAGUCUCUCUCUCUCUCUCUCUUCUCUGUCUCUCUCUCUCACACGCACACACUCGCUUUAUCUUCCUCUGUUUCUCAUCACUGUGCUCCUCUCCCAUGAUUACUUCAGAAUAUAUAAAUAACUACUAUGUCGGGUAACUGGACUGAUCUCAUGUUUUAGGCCAUAGGUGUAGUCUUGCUAUUGCAAAUAGAAAAUGAUUUUUGUAUGUAGGCCUACUGAAAAAACUAGGUCCUCUAGAAACAGUCAAAGGACAUGCAGCUUGUGCCAUUAUGAGAAGGGUAAGGGUAAUAAAUGACAAGGACUGUUUUAAAAAUGCAUCUCUGCAAGCUUAGAUUCACAAACGCUCAACCCUACAUUUUCCUUUAAAUAUCAAAGAAUCCUUGCUGUUGUUGAAUUAGGAGAACUGUGUAAAAAAUAUAAAAAAUAAACCAUGCCUUUACACCAGCA